CCAAAACAAAACAAACAGCUGUGUUUAUAACCUAAAAGUAAAGGUUUAUAAAUAAAGUUUUAUUUCAAAUAUCACGUUGUUAUUUACGUAAACACACGUAUUAUCAUGAGAUUUACUUAAGAUAAAUACUAUUUUUGAGUAUUAAACUGAUAAUCUUAUAAUAAAUAUGAAUUUGAUCAGAUUAUUGUCGCCUAUAAAGCGGCCGCCUAUUUGCAAGAUCUUCUCAGUUAAUUAUGUGUCGCAGCAUCCCCUUAAGUUUUUAGAAACACAAGAUCGAUGGCGGCAGAAGGACAAUAUACCAAGGCAGUAUGACUUAAUUUACAAAGCUCCUAUGGGGAAAUGGUUGAAUUUGGCUACUGCCUACUUAACAGUUUCUACAACGACUAUCGGUUGUCUUGGAGCAUAUUAUGGGGCGUUUGUUUUUAAUGUGGCAGAGAUGAACAACGUCGUGACAAUCGGAGACGAUAUUGUUAUAGCCGACAGUGGUUUAGAAUGCCUAACGUACCUCGGAGCUUUUGUGAUGUUCCAUGCAGCAGUGAAGGUUCUGUUAGCAAAAUAUGUGGUUCGUUUAUACCAAGAUGGUGAUAACUAUAUAGCAGUAUACCUGGGUCACUGGUACAAUGUUAUACAGAAACAUAAAUUUAAACAUGGUGAGGUGAAGAAAUUGAAACCAACAUAUGUAGUAUCUUGGGGUAAAUCAAGAUACUCUCUAGGCAAUAAACAUGCUAUACUACUAGAGGACUACUUCAAGACCCCAGAAUAUUUUAAUAAUUUAUUGCCUAAAGAGAAGGAGCCAGAAGAAAAUAAAUAGAUCAUCAAAAUAUUACUUUUAUAUUAAUUAAUAAAAUUGUAGGAUUAUCAAUAAAAUCAUUUUCAUGUG